CUAAAAACAACAAUGGAUAAUUGUAUAUGUAUAAUGAACUGGAUUGCCUAUACACCCGCACACACAAGAUUUCUACAAGGGAAGCCUAUUCAGUCAUGAAUUAGAUGCGAAUCAGGAAUCUUCAAACACUCUACUGGAUUGGCAUAAAAGUUGUCCUCUUUCUUUGGUUUCCCAGGAAUUACAGACCGUGGCCCGGGUUUCCCCGUCCUGUUUCUGCAGGGGUAAGUAAGAAUGCAAAAUGGUUAAAUUUAGAGAAAGCAGUGUGUGGCUAUGGCUACCUGCGGUGGCCUUCAACCACCCUGGCCAUGUUUCCAGCAUAUGUUGGAACAAAGAUAUCACUCUCUAGAGAGACAAGAUAAUCUAAAGCUGCCAGCUGUGAUUGAUGUCCCUUGAAACGCCUCAGUUCUGAAGGUCCAAGCAGUGUCUCCUUCCUCACCUAUUACUUGUAUAUAUACCUACCUGGUCAUGGUAGUAUGAAAGGUUUGACCAGCUCACAGGUGAUAAUUCAUACAUCAUCUCAAGCCUAUGCUCUAGUCUGGGUGGGAGCUCUUUUUGCACACGAACCUCAUCCCUCAAUGUUUCAAUGAAAUGAUCAACAUCAAAUAUGUCUUCAAAAUCACUGCAGCAUGCCAGAAAGAAAAACUACUCAUGAUGUUCUCAUAUUGCAUGAAAUGUUUCAAUCGAAGGCAGAUUUAAGAAGCUGUCACUCCUAACAGAUGUACCGAGUGUGGCUUACCCUUUGUGGCAUUUGGUGGUUGG